AUGCCAUCGGCAUUGCUGGUCAUCGGUGUGGCGAUUUUUUCCUACUCGAUUGGACUUGAGCAAGAACUCGAGUCUGCGAAGGAGCAACUGGACACCAUGCCAAGUUGGAAAAAAGAACCCGACAGAAAGUGCCCUGAAAAUAUGGAAUGGACAGACCGCAUGAACGAGGAGAAAAACUGCAACCUGCGGCCGCCGCCGCCUAUGAUCGUUUCUCCGUACGUCCUAGUGUAUAAACAAGGAUGCCAGUGCAAGAAUGGUUUUUAUGAAUCCAAUGGAAGAUGCGUUCCCGAUUGUUCCAAAGAACGAUGUCCGGUUCCCAACGCAAUUCGAUCCAACUGUACGGCAAGACCACAUUGUCAGCCCUCUUGUUUCCAAAAACCGGAGAACUCGUUAUAUAUUUGCUACAAAUCAUGCAUACCUUUCGAGUGUGAAUGCAAAAAUGGUUACAUCCGCGUCGACAACUCCUGGGAAGGUAGCAAAUGCAUUUCUCUUGAAACUUGCAAGAAACUGAAAACACAGUAUGGUUCCACUCUACCACCCAACUUCAAACCAUGAAAUAAGAGUCGAUAAAUUCGUUUCUGCCAGCAAUUGCAUUGGACAUGAACUUUUAAAAUAAAACUUAUUUUGGCA